AUGCAGCUGCCGCCGCCAUUCUCGCGCUACCUUUCUUCGCUCCGCGCCCUGAACCAGCGCGUACAAGAGAGAGCGGCCUCUGAGCAACGUAAAACAAGUCUUGCUAGCCGAUUGAGUGAUGUGUUCUUACGAACAUGGCAUUUGGGGUUCACAGCUUUUGGAGGACCACCAGUCCAUUUCCAGAUCUUUCACGAAAAGUUUGUCGAGGGCAAAGGAGGACAGGAGAAAUGGGCGGAUGAGCAAACAUAUCAAGAACUAUUUGCCAUCUGUCAAGCUCUUCCCGGGCCUGGAAGCACAAAGAUGCUUUUCUGCUUGACUUUAUUGCAUGCAGGCUUCAUUCCAGCUGUAUUUGCUUUCCUUAUAUGGAGUCUUCCCGGAGCAGUUGGCAUGUAUGCACUCUCCCUUGGUGUACAAAAUAUCAAUGAUGUUCUCCCGGAAAUUGCAUAUGCAUUCCUUUCUGGCCUCAAUGCUUCGACUGUGGGAAUUAUUGCUUUGGCAGCCGUCCAGCUAGCAGAAAAGGCAAUAAAGGAUAAGCUUACCCGCAUUCUAGUCAUCUUCGGCGCUUGUGCCGGCCUGUGUUACAAUGCUCUUUGGUACUUUCCGCUUCUCAUGGUUGUUGGUGGUUUGUCAGUCGUCAUAUGGGACGGAUGGAUGAGCCAGUAUAUCCGUAAAACCAGUGCUAAAUGGAGACGACGAAACAGCCACCCCGAAGAGGCAAGGCAGGAAAAUGGCGCUUCUAAUGAAGUGGAGCUUCAAGAGCAACAAGACAGCCAGAUGCGCAGCACUCCUUCUAUUCAAGGCACCGUACGGUCACGGAAGACUGGACAGGCAGCAUCGCUUCCAGAAUCUGCUUCUGAUGCGCAAACGGAGUCGUUGGAAGUCAGCGCUUCUCAUGAUCAUAUCAUCCGGAUCCGUGUCGGUAUCGCGGUCUGCGUCGUCUUCUUUGCCUCUUUUAUUGCAAUCCUGGUGGCAAGAGGGGUCAUCAAUCACCCACCACUUGCCUUGGACUUGUUUGCCAACAUGUACCUGGCCGGAACAAUUAUCUUCGGAGGAGGUCCCGUGGUGAUUCCUCUUCUGCGUUCUUACGUUGUUGAUCCUGGCUGGGUAUCCGGCAGAGAUUUCCUGAUUGGCCUGGCUCUUAUUCAAGCAUUCCCUGGCCCCAACUUCAAUUUUGCAGUCUUCCUUGGAGCUCUCGCGCUUCAGAAGUCCCAGUUUCCGACUGUAUUUGGCGCUUUCCUUGGCUACAUCGGCAUCUUCCUGCCUGGUAUCACAUUGGCAGUUGCUGUGCAGAGUUUCUGGAGAGUGCUCCGUAAGAGAAAGUGGGUUGUCGACUGGCUUAGAGGAGUCAAUGCUGCGGCCGUGGGCCUGGUCUUCACUGCUGUAUACAGGCUGUGGCAGAUUGGAUAUUUGACGCCCCAAGCCAGUAAUGGUCAGAGUCUUGCUCUUGAGCCAUGGUGGGUCGUUGUUGCAACAGUUACCUAUGCGGAGCACGCUUGGUUCAAGGUGCCUCCAGCGAUCGCGAUCAUCAUUGGCGGUGUUUUGGGUCUCUGCUGGUAUGGUGCUGUUGGUCGUUAA